AUGUCUAGAGCAGUUCUCAUUCAAGCUAUCGGAAAUGCAAAACUUUUUUGGACAGCAAGCAACGCAACUAACAAAAUUACGCUACGCCUGCGAGGUGAAGAAAAUCAAUCCUGGAUAUUAAAGAAGAUUGGCAAUCAUUUCAGCAUUGUUAACAUAAACAAAGAAGGACAUGAACUUUUUGCCGUCACCUACAACCAAAAUUCUGAACUUACCUUAGAACCGUAUAAUCCAUAUGUUCCUUCGCCACAAUCACAAAGAUUUUAUAUCGGUAAUAAAUCAGGUCAGCCGCAUCCUCCGCUUCCUAUGGCCAUUAAGUCUUGUUUAGACGCAGGACACCAUAUUGUUGCCAGGGAUGGAGCAAGUGAAGAUUCACAGCUCUUAACCAAAGAAUUCGAAGAAAUGCAACCGGUUUGGAAUAUUCAUACUAUAGAGAACUUUAUCAACAAGAUUUAUUAG